AUGCAUAAUCACAAACGGUUCAGCAGCAGCAGUGGAACAUCAUCAGGAAGUUCUAAUUUAAGAGUGUCAGAUGCCGUGCAUAUGUCGGAUCCAGCCAAUUCUGCUGAAAUUCUCGCUCGGUUACAUAAUAACGACAAGGCUAGAUUUACAGACACCAGCUGGCAAAUUCAUAGAACAUGGACGAGAAAUGGAGACCCGAUAUCCCGAUCGCCAGCAGUUACCAGAGCCGAACCUGUGAAGCAAUCCGCAGUUAAUUCGCCUGAUCCACGACAAGAAGAUCAGAAUGGCAUUUACGACACCAUUACAGUCAGAGAAAAGACCCGAGCGGUUAGUGCACCAGCCACGCCCGCAGCCCCCACUCUCAUAACAGAAUACGGCGGUCCUCGAUCGAUAAGUUACUCUGGUGGUGGCGGACCAGCCUCAAGACUAGACCUUUGCUAUGUGGCGGAACGUAUGCUGGCUCUUCACUUACCACACAGGGACGCCCAGGCAGAAGCGCAGGCUGCACACAUGCUGACAAACAAACAUGGCGAACACUUCAUGGUGUUUGAAGUGAGUGGUGGAGAUGUAGCAGGUGAUGGGCGAGCUGCUCGCGGCGUAUUCGGACGAGCUCGCUCGCUUGGCUGGCCAGGCGACUUGGCUCCACCACUUGAACGAUUAUGCGCUGCAUGCAAACACAUCGAGAGUUGGCUGGCUGCACACCCUAAGAACGUCGCUAUAUUACUCGCAUGGGGUAACCGCGAACGUCUGGGAGUUUUAGUAGCGGCAUAUAUGCAUUACUCGGCGAUUUGUGGUGCACCAGAACAUGCUUUGGACCGAUAUGCUAUGAGACGAUACCUGGAUGAUCGAGUGCCCGUCUUCACACUUCCUUCCAAUAAACGAUACAUAGACACAUUUGCCGGCUUACUGGCGGGCCAGAUACGAGUUAAUUCCGCACCACUCCAACUGACACAUGUAAGCGUAGCUGGCUCGCUGGCAGCGUCGUCUGCACCUACUAUCGCUUUUCUUAAAAUCUACGAAAAUUACUCGUGUGUUUACACGUCAGGUCUGUACAUGGUAAAUGGUGGCGGUUGGACGGUAGGAGUAGGUCGUCUGGCGUUACGUGGGGACGUACUCGUGCGCGCGUACCGUCGGCCUGCGCACCAGCAUGCUCAUGCGUCCCCGCGCCAUCUUGUAUUCGCGUGUCAGUUCCACACCUGCGCCGUCGCCGACCACACGCUCUCCUUCACUAAGCUCCAACUUGACCACGCUCUGCAUGAUCCUUCUUUUCCAAGUGAUGGUGCUGUUGAGCUGAUCUUCGCAAGAGGAGAGGGUGCGGGAGGAGCACCACCUGCCCCCACCCCUGCUGCACCUCUUCGUGCAGCCCCCGAUGCCCUGGCCCGGGCUGACUCACUUGAACAUUUACGACCCUUAUCUACACUAACCGACGAUGAGCCAGGUGACAAUAACGGCAGUGCUGGAUCUGGUGGCGAGGCGGGGGAGGCGGCUCACACAUUCGGCCCUCUCGACGGGUCCAUCUACGCUACGGUUGUGCGUGCGAGCGGCGGUCCGUCGUCGCCGCUCAGCGCCUCAAUGGACUCUGGAAUUUCAUCAGCGGGCCGGCGAGCCGCUCCGAGCCCACCCGACGAGCUGGACGCCCUUCUGGGGGACAUGUUGCGCACCGUGAGCGCGCUACCAGACCCACCGCCUGCGCCCACGACACCACAGUCGAACGUCGAACGCGCGCCCGAUAUACCGUAUCACGCACGAACCGAUUCCGCACCAUUCACUUACGGUGCUCCAGGCCUUCGCCCCGGCAUGCUUCGCGCUUCCAAUCGACUCGCUAGUCCAGAACUGGUCCGGCGAGCUCUAGGCCACGAUCGAGGAUAUCAAGGUAUAGAAGACGACGACGAUGAGCGAACGAUUACCCCGGAUCCAUCGCCGCGUACUCCGCUGUCGCCCAGGACUCUUAGGAAGCUCACAUGCGAGGAUGUUACAACAACGAAAACCAGCUCAACUCCAGCACCAGCAUCGCCUCUGAGGAAUGGACGCUGGACAAAUGGAGACGCAGAAAGCAUCAAGGGACCACAAAGUAGCGCACGAAAAUUAUCACACGACGCCGAGUGGAUAGAGAGGCCACCGAGUAGCACUCGAAAGGUUAUAAACAACGAUACUUGGCGCUCCACCAGCACUAUUGGUUGGCAUGAGAGUACUCGAAGUCGGGAGCCCAGGCGGUCAGAGAGCGGCAUAGAUGGCAAUUCGGGGCUGACGUGGCUGCAACGGCAACAGCAGAAGUUGAGGGAAAGGAAAGAAGCAAGAGAGAGGGUCGCCAGAUUACCUCUAGAAUGGGACGCGCCGUCUCGACAUGUACGGCGGUCCGCUAGCCAUCGUGUGGACGGUUAUACAAGCGACACGACAGCAUUCGCAGAUGACGAUGAUGACUUUAGCGUUCCCUUGCAUGUUAACACAAGGACGAUUCACAGGACAGACAGCAUCAGCCCUCAAGCCCCAGACAGGACCUCAUCUAGAAAGUUCAUGUAUGAAAAGAUGACGUUGCGCGAAUGGAGUGCCAGCAGCACGCCGACUAAUACCGCCACGCCUGGUCUUUUGUCAUUAGCAGAGCCUAUUAAUAACGAUUCUACGAUUCGAGAGCGAUCAGAGAGCUGGUCAAGAGCUGAGUCCCGCGCCGGCACACCAGCUUUCCCCACACAUCCACGCACUCCGUACCCUCCGACGCCCACGCCAUCUCUCUCUGCACGACCGCCACGCUCCCCACCAUCUAUAAGGAAAGAUCGUGAAGGCAGCCCCGAAUCAGAGUAUCGCACCUACAACGGCAGCAAUGGAUCCCGAAGGUCUAGUCUCAGUGGAUCCGAACUGCAACAUGUCGCCCCCGAUAGAGUACGUUUUGCAAGAGACACCAGCCACUACUGGUAUAAGCCCAACAUUUCACGAGACGACGCUGUCUCCGCACUCCUUCAACAAGAAGAAGGCGCGUUCAUAGUACGCGAUUCGAAUUCGUUCCCCGGUGCUUUUGGUUUGGCUGUACGUGCAAGUGGCGCGGGUGGUGUAAGACACUUCCUGAUUGAACCGACCGCUCGUGGCGUCCGCCUGCGAGGCUGUCCCGAUGAACCUGUCUUCAGUUCGCUAUCAGCGCUAGUUUAUCAACACACGGUUACCCCGUUAGCACUGCCGGUACCCUUGAAGCUUCCGGACAGGGACUUAUGGACUGGAGGUAGCGCUAAUGCGGCGGCUCGGGCACUUCUAGCCACAGGUGCUGCCUGUAACGUGCUCUUACUGGGAUCAGAAAACACGGAGGCCCUCACAGGACCAGCUGCCGUUAAGCGUGCAGUGCAAAAUAUUUUACUGAAAAAGGCAACUGCGCACGUAGUUCACUUCAAAGUUUUUGGUGGCGGAAUCACGCUAACAGACUCAACGCGAAAAGUUUUCUUCAGGCGACACUAUCCAUCUAACGCGGUGUCUUAUGCUGGUAUAGAUCCGGAUGAGAGAAGAUACGUCUAUGUAGAUAAUGGAAAACAAGCUGAAAAGCGUAUUUUUGCGUUUGUCGCUCGCUCGGCUUCUGGUGCUGAUAACCAGUGUCAUGUCUUUGCUGAACUUGAACCCGAACAACCGGCUACAGCUAUUGUCAAUUUCGUUAACAAGGCACUCUUAGGAAACACACAGAAGAGGGACAUAAUUUGA